AUGAGCUACCUGCUGGAUGAUAAGAAAAUUCUCUUAAAAGAAUUGCUCAUUCAGAAUGAAGACAUAAAGCGUGAAAGUGAAAAUAUGCAACUGGAAAAUAAAGCAUUUUCAAAACUUAUCGAAAAUUAUGAAGAGAAUAUAAAAUUCGUAAAAAUAUUGCCAUACAUUCACUACGUAUGUACGAGUCUGUACAAUGUGGAGGAGAAAAUAUGUUUCAAUUUGUCACGUCAUGAAUUCACAAGCACGAUGAAUCAUCUCCUGGAUGAAUCUAUAGGAAAUUAUAAACACAUUUUCAAAAGUAUAUUAACAAAGUCAGGCGAAGAUACCUGUUUAAAUGAAGCAAACGAUACAUUUACAGAAAUUUUACCUAGACAAACUUCCAUUAGGAAUGAGUUUACAAAUGGAAUAUACGACAUUAAUAUGGAUGAUAUGAUUACUUCUAAAUGCAGAAACAACAUAACUGAAACGUUAUUGCACGAUGAGGCUAAGGAGGAAAGUCUACCACAUUGUGUAGAAGAAGAUAAUACUAACACCUCAGACAGAAAGGAACAAAGCCCUACAUUACCAUGCCUUAUGAAUGAACAAAACAUUUGUCUUCUCUGGGAAAGAGAAAAAGCAAGCGGAGAAUUUUAUACGAUUCAAUCCGCUAAGCCACACGAGGAUGCUCACAAGACCUGUCUGAACCUAACGGAAAAGCAACAACUAACGAUGAACGAAAUCGAAAAGAUAAAAGGGAAAAUAAAAAAAACAACCGUUCAUUAUGAAAAUGCAAAAACGAUAAUAAGUUCUAUCAUUAGUCAAUGCAAAAUUUUACUGUUUGAGUUAGAUGAAGAAACAAAAAACUACAAAGUUUUAAAAGAAACAAUAAAAAAUGAUAACUACUUGAUGAAAAGGAAAAACUACUUAAUCGAAUUUUAUAAUGACAUAAUCAAAAAAUAUAAAGACAAAAUAAACCAAGCCAAUAAAACAAAUCAUACGCUCCUAAAUCUGUAUAGGAAGAAACUUUCCACCAUCAAUUACAUAAUCACCAUUAGUGAAAGCAUUAACAACGUAGAUUUUAUGUAUCUCCAUGUCCUCAUACACAAUAAAAAGUUAAAUUAUGAUGGCCUCAUGAAGGAGCACGAAGUUAACUAUGCUUGUCUAAGAAAAAUCCUAAACGAGAUAAGAAACAUGGACGAUAAAAUUACAGGGAACAAAAAGAAGGAAAAGGAAAUGCAUACCCUUAUUGAAAAAAACAAUUUCACAUUGAAUGAAUUGGACAAAGUGAUAAUUGACCUCACAAACAAAAUUGACACAAGCAAGAACAUGUCGAAUAAAAUUAACCAGUAUGAACACGUGGACAUUCUGAGCAGCUGCUCAGUUUUGCAGUGCAUUCAACUGAGCAAAGAUAUCCACAAUAUUGAAAAAAAAAUAAAGUCUUAUGAAAGAAAAAUUGAUAUCAUCGAAAAUGUAAAAGUUAAGGUGAAGAAUAAAAAGAAGGUUCAAACAAGAAAUUAA